AUGUUUUCGAACCCAACACGCUCCUUGCUCGGAGCCGGCAGGCGCUUGAGGGUGCCCCUGUCCGCCCGCUGGCAAUCCACUACUCCUACUCCCAGCCAGCCCAGCGCGCCAUCGCCAUCGCCAGCUCAAGAAACAAAGACAGCCUCCCCGGCCGAGUCCGUGCCAAUUACCGAGGCAAAUGCAGCAAAGUCGACACCUCCCACCAACACCGAACCCGAACUGCCAUCCGAACAACGUGUGAAGGAAUGGUCCGAGCGCAUGGGAGCUCUCGACAACAACGCCCGUCUGCCUCGCAGCGUCCAAGCAGUAUACAUGCGCCCCCUCCGCCGAAAAGCGGAACACGGCCUACCAGUCUGCGAUCUUCAACUCCGAUCCUACAGCGUCGAGAACGUCGAAUUCUUCGCCGACUUCGCCAUCCGCGCCGCGUAUUACCUCAACCUCCCCGUUUCCGGACCCGUGCCUCUCCCCCGUAUCGUCGAACGCUGGACCGUCCCGCGAAGCAACUUCGUGCACAAGAAGAGCCAGGAGAAUUUCGAGCGAAUCACCCUCCGCCGUCUCAUUCAGAUUAAGGAUGGGAAUCCCCAGUCUGUGCAGGCUUGGUUGGCUUUCUUGCGCAAGCAUGCUUUCUAUGGAGUUGGUAUGAAGGCUAAUGUUUGGGAACAUGAGUCUCUCGACGUCGGCAAGGCCAUGGACCAGUCCGCCACCGAAGUCCAAAAGACCCUCGAACCGCACCUCGCCCAAUUCGGCCAGCGCGAGGAUAACUCCGCUGGAAACAACAUAUUCGAUGUUCUUGACAGUGAUCGAUUUACUGAGCGCAAGAGCGCACGGGCGUAA